CCGUAUCACCGUAACAUGUAUUAAAAGUAUUUGAAUAAGGUUUAAUCUAAAUUGCGACUUGUUAUUCAUUUCUGGGUACCAUCAGGUGGUACUAUACUUAGUUUUAGCAGAUACUUCACAUACUUAUCGUCGCGUUGUAGGUAUAUCUAUUUCAUUUUAAUAUUUGGUAUGGGUUAAGCAUUGUUUGUUAGGUAACGCUGGUAGCGAAGCAUCCCGAAUAUUUUGAAAAAAGAAAAUGUAAAACAACACGUAGAUACACCAGUUCAACCAUCAUACGCAUGUACUCGUAUAAGAUAACACUGUAAUUUACCUUUAUUACCUGUUAUCAUUUUUAUCUAAUCAAAACACUGAUUAAGAGAAAUCAAUAUCCAUCCAAUUAUGAAGACUUCAAAUAGAAUCCAUCAUGUAGGUACAGAAGUUUAAGACUUUAUUUCUAGUUUUUAAGUUCAAAUUAUUUCAGAAUGGCGAUUGAACUGCUUCUUUUGGGUUCUUUAAUUUUUAUUUUUAUCGUAUCUUUUUGUGGACUAUUGCAGAAGAUUAAGCAAUCGUACGAAAGGGAACGCGCCAUAGCAGCUCAAUUUUAUGCAGAAAGAAUGGCACGUCGACAUACUACUCGUAAUGAAGACAAUUCAGAUGCCUAUGUAAAUACCACAUUCGUUGAAGAUUUUGAUACCGGAAGUGGAAUUUUUCCUUGUGCUCCUCCUCCAUAUACACAUAUUGACGAACCUCCAAAAUACGAGGACAUAAUAAAAGCUCAAGCCGAUACCAUUACAGUAGUACCAGCUGUCAAUUCAGAGCCUACAAGAGUCCACUCAUACCCACCUCCACCAUAUACUAUAACCACGUAGCAAUCCUAAGGAAAUUAGUAUAUUUAAUUAAGUAUAUUAAAGAAAAAAGAAAAGAUUAAUAGAUAAUAAAAUUUUAUAAAUAAACACCUGAAUCUAUGAAAAACAUUUUUUUUUUAAUUUUAAACAUAAAUACUGUUAUUGUAUAUAUAGUGUUAUUAUAAGUAUUUGUUCGUAUAUUUUUGUUGAAAAUUAACAUUU